UCUCCAAAUCCAACCUUAUAAAUGCACUCUCAACCUCAAUCUCCAACACCUUUCAUUCUACUUACCAAGCAAACUUUAAACACUUCAUAGCAAGCUCUCCCUUUUUAACAUACACAACAGCUAGGUGCUACAAUGAUUGACUCAAAUCCACCACUCUUGAACCAUUAUGGAGCACUUUUGAGAAAUUCAGCUGAACCUCAAAAGGCUAAAAGUUCCAAUGGUCAAGAUAAUACUGUGGUCGAAUGUGAACUACCAUUGAUAGACCUUAAUGGUCUUAAAAGUUGUAAUGUAAGUGAAAGAUUAGCUUGCACUGCAGCAAUAUGCAAAGCUGCAUCAGAAUGGGGAUUUUUCCAAGUGAUAAACCAUGGUAUAAACCCUGACUUACUAAGAAAUAUGAGGGAGGAGCAAAUGAAGUUGUUUAGGGUACCCUUUGAGAAGAAGGUCACUUGUGGACUUCUAAACAAUCCAUAUAGGUGGGGGACACCAUCAGCUACUAGUUCAAAUCACUUUUCAUGGUCAGAAGCUUUCCACAUUCCUCUCACCAUGAUUUCAGAAGCAGCUUGUUGGGGUGAAUUUAAUACUUUAAGAGAAGCAAUAAAUGAGUUUGCAGCAGCUAUGCUAGAAGUCUCUAGGCUACUGGCAGGAAUUCUAGCAGAAAACUUGGGCCACCCAACAGAUGCAGUUGAAAAACUCUGUGAUGCCAGCACAUGCUUUCUGAGAUUGAAUCACUAUCCUUCUUGUCCAAAAUCUAAGGAAGAAAUUUUUGGAUUAGUACCUCACACUGACAGUGAUUUCCUCACAAUCCUUUAUCAAGAUCAAGUUGGUGGACUCCAACUCAUGAAAGAUUCCAAAUGGGUCGCUGUAAAACCAAAUCCAGAGGCUCUUAUUGUUAACAUUGGAGACCUUUUCCAGGCCUGGAGUAAUGAUGAGUACAAAAGCGUAGAGCACAAGGUCGUGGCAAAUGACAAAGUGGAAAGAUACUCCAUUGCAUACUUCCUAUGUCCUUCUUACACUACUAUGAUAAGUGGCUGCAAAGAACCUUCUACGUAUAAGAAUUUCACCUUUGGAGAAUAUCGACAUCAAAUUCAAGAAGAUGUCAAGAAAAUAGGACACAAAGUAGGACUGUCAAAAUUUCUACGUAAAGACACAUACACAACGACCAUGGCUUAGUUCAACUGGAGCAACUAAUAGUUAACACUAUGAUAUUCUUUAUUUCUGAAGAAAGUUUUUUUCAGUUCAGAUAUAAUAUGUAAAAGUCACUCGGAUUAUAUGCAAGAGUAAUGAGAAUAAGAGAUAAACAACAAAAAAGAUGGGGUUUACAAUGCACCCACUUAGCAGCACCAGAAUUUAAAAGGCUUUUAUCCCCCCUA